GCGUGCGCAGUGCGCACUCGGCGCUGUCCAGCGAGCCGUGCGCCGCCGUGGACUCUUGGAAAGACCUAGAAGCGCUCGAAGCUCCAAAAGGCCGAUUCCUGUUCUCUUCCUCUUCGUGGCUUCUGCUGCAUCCGAGCAUUGGAGGCUUCAAGUAAUUGUGCAGGCGGCUGCGUGAGCUCCUCCAGGCUGAGUUGUUCGACCAUUCAUCUUUUACAUGGCGGACGAGGAACCUGUUGAUCAGAAGAAGUAUCUUGAAGAGCUGUGCAAGCCAAAAUGUGUGAAACCUUUGCUUGAAUAUAAGGCAUGUGUCAAGAGGAUAGAGGGCGACGAGAGCGGGCACAAGCACUGCACGGGACAAUACUUCGAUUAUUGGCACUGCAUUGACAAAUGCGUGGCUCCGAAAUUGUUUGAAAAGCUGAAGUAACGAAGAGAGGCAAUUUAUCAGUCGAACUUCUUUUGUGAUUUGUUCGAGCGGGAUGAAUGCAUCCCAUCGUCAGAUUUUGUACCAGUAACUGAAAAAGAUGCUUGAUAUGGGUUGUUUCAGAAACUAUAGCGAUAAGGAGUGGAUCAGAUUAUGAAUAAAGAUGAAAACGUUGUGGGGUUUUGCUUAUUUUGGUUAACUUGAUAAACCCAUGUGCUUUGGGGCUAAAACAUCAUCUCAUAUACAUUGAAUUGGAAAUUCUCCAUGCGUAAUACAAGUUCUAGUCGACA